ACCAACGGUCUACCAAUCACCAUUUCCCUCUUCUUCUACUACUCUUUCCUUUCUUUAUCACAACCUUUCUACAACAAAAUCCCACAUACUCUAUCUGCCUAAAAAGAUCAUUAACUCUUUCAGCAUUCUCUUUCUUCUUUAUAUAUUCCCCCCCUUACAUCAAGAUUUUCUUGAACCUGAAAUCUGUUACAAAAUCAAAGAAAAAUGAUGUCUUUGAACACCCUUUCUCCUACAGAAAUCAGGGUCAAUUCUUUCUUGGACACCACCAAAUCAAGUAACCACCUUUUCAAGCUUCAAGGUGGGUUGUCUGUUAAGAGAAAUGAUUGUAAGGUAUCAUUCAAAAAGGGGAUCCAGUGUUCAGCUGCGGCGGCGCCACCGCCGCCGGCGUGGCCGGGAACGGCUCUUGUUGAGCCGGGGACGAAGAACUGGGAUGGGCCUAAGCCCAUUUCAAUCAUUGGAUCCACUGGUUCUAUUGGUACUCAGACACUGGACAUUGUUGCUGAGAAUCCAGAUAAAUUUAAAGUUGUUGCACUUGCUGCUGGCUCAAAUGUCACACUUCUUGCUGAACAGAUCAAGGCAUUUAAACCACAGUUAGUUUCUAUCAAGAAUGAGUCAUUGGUUGCUGAACUCAAAGAAGCUUUGGCUGGUGCCGAUUACAUGCCCGAGAUCAUUCCUGGUGAUGAAGGUGUUGUUGAGGUUGCCCGCCACCCGGAUUGUGUUACCGUUGUCACAGGAAUAGUUGGUUGUGCUGGUCUAAAGCCUACAGUUGCUGCUAUUGAAGCAGGGAAAAACAUUGCACUAGCUAACAAAGAAACCUUAAUUGCUGGCGGUCCUUUUGUUCUCCCUCUUGCACAUAAGCAUAAUGUUAAAAUUCUUCCUGCGGAUUCUGAGCAUUCUGCUAUCUUUCAGUGUAUACAAGGCUUCCCUGAAGGUGCUCUAAGGCGUAUAAUCUUAACCGCAUCCGGAGGUGCUUUCAGGGACUGGCCUGUUGAAAAACUAAAAGAUGUUAAGGUAGCCGACGCGUUAAAGCAUCCAAACUGGAGCAUGGGGAAAAAGAUCACCGUGGAUUCGGCUACACUUUUCAACAAGGGUCUAGAAGUUAUUGAAGCCCAUUAUCUUUACGGGUCAGAUUACGACAAUAUUGAUAUCGUUAUUCACCCUCAAUCUAUCAUACAUUCCAUGGUUGAGACACAGGAUUCAUCUGUUCUAGCCCAGUUAGGAUGGCCCGAUAUGCGUUUGCCGAUUUUGUAUACUUUAUCAUGGCCCGAUAGAGUACCAUGCUCCGAGAUCACAUGGCCCCGUCUUGAUCUCUGCAAGCUGGGAUCGUUAACAUUCAAAGCUCCAGACAAUGUGAAAUACCCAUCGAUGGAAUUGGCUUAUUCUGCUGGUCGAGCUGGUGGCACGAUGACCGGAGUACUUAGUGCCGCUAACGAGAAAGCGGUUGAAAUGUUCAUCGAUGAAAAGAUUAGCUACUUGGAUAUAUUCAAGGUUGUGGAACUAACAUGCCAGAAACAUCAAGACGAACUGGUGACGGCACCUUCUCUUGAGGAAAUCAUACAUUAUGAUUUGUGGGCCCGAGAGUAUGCCGCCAACCUGAAGCUUUCGGGUGCAACUCCGGCACUUGUAUAACAAGGAAGAACAUGUUGGGAUGAAGGUGUUGGGGGUUGGUUUAGAUUGGAAUUUCGUGAUUCAGUAAUCGUAUGAAUAAAUGCAUUUUCGCAUGUAUGGUAGAGUGUUUGAAACUGAUAUCGGAAAUGAGAUUCAGGAAAUUGUUUAUCAAUCUUUGUUGGUA